AUUAUCUUCGAGUCCACGUUGGGCCUGUCACAAUAUAAUCUGUUUGGUGUCGCUUUUUACAACGUGUAUUUUUCGAAACGGUUUGCGUUUUAAAACGAGAAUAAGUGUGUGCUAAAAAUCUUUUAUUCGAGUAAGCAUUGUGAGAAAUGAAUCUUUGUGAAGAACUGGACAUAUACACCUUCCACAAUAAAACUCUUGCUGAAAGAUUAUAUGAAUACUCGAGCAUAUUAUCUCUGCAUGGAAAAAUACCUGCAAAGAAUAUUCAAGCAGAAUGGUCCAACGACGUCGAACUCGUUAUAGAGUCAUCUGGUUGGCAAGCACUGUGGAAAAUAUCGCGUUACACAUGUGAAGAACAGAACAUUUCCUACCCAGCGAUAGUUUUAGUAGAAGUGUUGAAAAUGAAGUAUCACACUCUACAUGCAGAGGUGAAGAUCAAGGCCGUUACGGAGAACAUUAAUCUACCUGAGAAAUAUGAAGUGCCAUUAAUUGAAUUGUAUCCUACUAUUAAUCAGAAAGACCAUACUCUAGAUAUAGAAGGUACUGCACAUUGCGUAGACCGAUUGCGGUUUUUCUACAAUCACUUAUGGAUGCCAUGGGAUGAGAAUGAAGAUGAAAAUAUUGAUUGGGUAGAACGACAUCUAGAUCAAAGGAUUAGAUUAUUUUUUAAUAUGACUCAUGCAGUUAUUGAUAAGGAAACAUGCAAUAUUAUUAAGUCAUUGAUUAAUGAGGGAAAAGAAAUAAAGUUUAAGCUUCCAACAAUACAAAAAGAAUUAUUCGAUGAGAAGUGGAAUGAUAAAAAGGAGUCUGAAGAUUAUUUAGAAUUAGAAAGCACAUAUAAUCAAUUUUGCUUUCGACUUCAGCAAAUUAAGACAGAGAUGGAUUUGUUAGAAGUUUUUUCUUUGAAAGAGCUGCUUAGGAAGAAUCAAAUUUGCAAUAAGGAACGAAUGAAAAAUUAUAAUAAGAAUGGCGAAAAGACAUAUUACUUUGUAUGGUUAGGUGGUACUAUUAAAGAGUUGCAUAAGCUUUUUAAUAAAAUUCAAGAAAUAUCUUCUGAAGAUGCAGUCGUUAAAGUUUGUAAAUACUUGGAGGAAGCUUUGGAUGUAUUUAAGAAAAAGGAUACUAUUUUGUUGGGUGAAGGGUGUCACUCAAUUAACUGUUCCAAUGGAUUACAGGAAGGAGGCUCAAUUAUAGGAAUCCGUAAUGCAAACGAUACUAUUCUCCAACCAUCUAACUUUAAGUCGAGCAUUGCAUCAUUGUUUGACUUUUUUGGUACUGAGGUUUUGUUGAAAAAUAUCUGCAUUGAGUUGAUAGGUCCUCAGACAGGUAUAGUUGUAAGAAGGAAUUGUACUGUAAUUGUAACUGGUUGCAUAAUAUGUGUCCCUAAUACUACUUCAAGCAACUGCACAUUUGGUGCAAUUGUUAUGCCAGGUGGAAAAUUAAAAUUUGAUAAUACAGUUUUUCAAGGAUUAGGAACUGCUGUUGUCCUUUAUUCAACUGGUGAAGUUAUCAUGGAUGAAUGCCGCUUUAAAAAAUGUGAUAAUGGUAUAAAGCUCCAGGACAAUGUUCAUUUUACUAUUACCAAAUGUUCCUUUGAAAAUGUCAAAGAUCCUAUUGUAAUGGAAACUGGAAAGGUAACUCAUUCAGAAUCAGUACCAGUAGGACAUGAAUUGUUUACAUCUAUCGAAGGAAUCUUUUUAAAUGAAUGUAAAUUUUUCACGGAAGAUCAAGUUGGCAAGAUCAAGUUAAGACCGAAAGGCAUUGAAGGUAUAAUAGAUUAAUAGAUUCAUGGUUGGGUGAUGAAAUUAUUUGACUCUUAAGGUGCGUUCGGGGAGACGCUAUUAGCGCUAUUUGCGUCAUUCUAUCUUUAUCGCUCAUUAGACAUAAAACAAGGAUAGAAUGACACAAUAGCGCUGAUAGCGCGCUCCCCGAACGCACCCUUACAACAGAAAUUAUGUAACAAUAAAAUGUCUGCUAUUAUUUGAAUAUUACAAUUUAUAAUCUAAAAGUUACGAAUAAAUCCUUAAAAAUUA